AUGCGAGAAUUCUGUAACGAGACCCUGGUGCGGGUCAGCUGCUUCCCAGCUGGUCUUGAAUACUUCCAUAAAAUCUACCGUAUCCCGUUGCCCUCAGAAGCCAGAUUGUCCUUCAUCCACUACGCCACCGUCCUCAACACGAUAUUCGCGGUGCUGGGACCAGUGGUGGCGGUUGCCGUGCUAAAUGUUGCCCUGCUGAGACUUAUCAAGAACCGAAAUUCCCAGGAGCUGCUCGCCAAUUGCCAUCAGCACAAGGGACCUUCGGCGCAGAUUGAGCAGGAGCGGAGAAUGACGAGAACGGUGAUGGCCAUCGUCACAUGUUUCACCGUAACGCAAGCACCGUCGGCGUUGUUUGCCCUCCUUCGGAGCUACAUUCUACUGCCGCCACGCGUUGCCGAUAUCGUACCGCCAAUCACAAACAACCUGGUGCUGAUCGGGAAGAUGUGCAACGUCGUUUUGUUCUGCAUGACGUCGUCGAUAUUCAGGAGGAGGCUUCUGCUUUCGUUGCGACUGUGGACGGGCGGUAUAUUCGGGAAGGAGCGGAGGAAGACGCUGUUGAGG